AUGUUCGAUCCGUUUGAAGUAGCAUUAUCAAGACAAAUAGUUCAAGAUCAGACGACUUCGUAUCAUUAUUUUUCCAAUAAGGUUUUUAUCGACGAAAGAAUAAUUAUAAAACAAUAAAAGAAAUAAUAAAAUGAGAUACUAUAAAAUACAAUUGUAUCUGUUAAAAAUAGAUUAAGGGCUCCGGCACUCCGGUAGGUAAUCAAAAAGACUCGGGCCGUUGUUGGAUAUUUGCCUGCUUAAGUGUUAUACGAGUGCCGUUCAUGAGAAAAUAUAAUAUUAACAAAUUUGAAUUCAGCCAAGCUCACAUAUUUUUCUGGGACAAGGUAUGUAUUGAUUGCUAUUUUUUAAAAAUAUUCGAAAAUAUUGAAAAUUUAAAUACUAACCUACACAGUAAAAAAGUUAUUUAAAUUGUUAACUUCUAUUGCAUUACAUUGUAAUUUUAACUUAAUCUAUAACUCGCUUUACUAAUUCAUUUGUUUUUUUUUACGUGAAUAAUUUAUUCAUAUUAAACAUACACAUACAUAAAUAAAGAUUCAGAAAUUAUCUUUUUAUUUCAUCUAAAUAUAAAGUUGUCAAUAGUUUAACUUUAAAAUUAUCUUUGUAUAGUUACAUUUAAAUUAAUUUUUUUACCGGUUUUUAGAUAAUUAUUUUAGAAAUAAUCUGUUAUUAUACUCAUAAUAAUUAUUAAUCUAGAUAUUUUAAAACUAAUCAUUUUACAACCCUGGAAUUUAGAGUAAAAAUAAAAAUAUUCCUAAUUGAUGGUAAGAAUUCUUUAAAUAUUGUUAGUUGUUAAAUAUUAACAUUGUAAAUAUUUUAUACAUACACAUAAAGUCAUAAUAUACAAUAUUUUUUAUUUAUAUAAUAUUAAAAUGAAAAUUGAGUACAUAUAUAAUAUAGAGUUCGAGUAUUUUUGAUACAAAUUUCGAGUAAACUAGAGUGUCGGUGCUGGGUCAUUUUGGAUUUUUGUGUAUUCUGGGAAAAUGGAAAAGUAGCAAAUAAGAAUGAAAAUUCUGUAGUAAAAUGUAGAAAAAUCGUACAAAUAUUUAGAUAACAAUUUGAAGUUAUUCGGAGAAUUUGUCGGUGCUACAUUAACUUAUUAGUACCGGCAUGUUUGUUUCUUGUCUGUAAGAAAAAUUACUGCUGAUUAGUAUGCUGUUGUUGUAGGUGGAAAAUUGGGGCGGUAAGAUACUUAGAAUUAUUUAAUUUAUAUUUGUAUACAACGAUACAUCAUUGUAAACGAAAUAAGAUUCUGAGUGAAAUUUAAUUAAAGUUGAUUUGAAAUGUGUCCAUUUUUAAGAUUUUCGUUAAAAUUUGAAUUUAAAAUAGUUAAAAAAACAAAAUCGUUUAUAAAUAUACAAUUUAAAGGUUUUCCUAGUUAUUAAGAAAACUACCAAAGAAUCAAAAAAUGACUUCCUCAACUAUAUAGGUACAAUUAUUUGGGGGAAAAAUAUUACACUUUUAAACGUAACCAAUAUUUCUGAUAGAACAGUUGUUUACAGACGCACAAAAACCAAAUUUAAACCAAAAACACAUUUUAGAAUUUGAAAGUAUACAUCAUAAUCAGUUUAAUCAAUAAAUUACGAUAAUUUUCGCUUUAAAUAUUCGGUAUAACUUAUGAUGAACCUAAUUUGAAAUUUUCAAACAUUUUUCCCGGGGUAGAAAAUUUCGAUUCAAUUAUUAAAUGUCAAUUUGAUCCCCCCCCCCCUUUUUCACAGAUUCGGAUAUUUUUCUAAAAACACCUAUAUUAUUUGCAUUUGAUUUACCAUUUAUGAGUGAAUCAUGAUUCUCACUCGUCGUGCCAUGUGAAAUAUUCUUUACUGAUUGGCUUAUAUUAUCAGAGUAGAUAAAUGUGUUUCUGCGCCUACCAAGAUGUGUGGUUGAUGUUAGAUACAUCCAAUCAGUUAUUUUAUACUAUCCUAGUAGAAAGCUAUGACCGCGUCAUAAUAAUCUGUAAUCUAACAAAUUAAAUUUUACAAGACACGACGAGUUAUAAACCCCACUAUACAAUAAUAAUUUAGAAUUUAGACCAUAAUAGUUGGGAAGAGUAACAUAUAUCGACCAUAACAAUGGUAUAAUUGAUUGUAAUAAAAGAAUCAUCCGGUAUAUUUAAAAUGUUCAAAUAUCUUAUGAUUUUAAUAUAGUUAACUAGUAAUAAAAACUAUUGUAUUAUAUACUUUUAAAAAGUUUCAAAAUAUUUAUUUUUUAGAUUGAGCGAAGCCAUUUUUUCUUGAAUGCAAUAGUAAAAUGCGCUUUGAGUGGCCAUACUUUAGAUUCCAGAACAAUGAUGUGUCUACUAAACGUAAGUGUUAAAUAUAAUAUGUUUUAUAAUCCCAGUGUAUUUUUUUCAAAAUGAUUAUUUAAUUUUUUGAUUUAAGUGUAUAUAAAAGCGAUUUGGAAGUUUGGUAUUUCCUUAUCUUAUACCGGAAUACGCAUUUUUUUUUUUUAAUUAAUUAAAUUUCUCUUAAAGUUUUUAGUAUGUACAUGCCUGUACUCUAUUCUUUUAAACAAAUUUUAAAAUAAUAUUUUUUGUUUAAAAAUUCUACAUUUAAAAAAAUAGGUUAUUCACUAAUACUGCUAUUGUUAAAAAUAUAUAUACAUUGUUAAUAUAAAAGUUGGCUAAGAAUUAUAAUUUAAUUUCAAAUUUCACAGAAUCCUGUCGAAGACGGUGGCAACUGGUCUAUGGCAGUAAACAUCAUUAAAAAGUAUGGAUUGAUGCCGAAAUUAAAUUUUCCCGAAAGUUAUAAUAGUAAUAAAAGUACCCAGCUCAACGACGUCUUGAAUAGUAAAGCAAGUAUUUAG